GUGAAGAACAAGUGAAGUGAUAGUUAUGUGUGAAGAUGGUGGUUUUGGGUUCCCUUGCUCCCUCUCCGAUUCUUCCCACCAUUUCCUCUUCUUCAUCUUCGAUUUUAAGCAAAACCCAGAAGAGUUUUCUCACAAGGAGAAGGACUUUGCUAUUGGGUCAAAGUCUUUUAGCUGCUUCCUUACUCCAUUUGCUCGACCCAAUUCACUCACCAGCCAUUGCUCUGCAACAACAGGAUGAGCUUCAGCUAGAAGAAGACCGAAUUGUGCAACUUUUUCAGGAAACCUCUCCAUCGGUUGUUUUCAUUAAAGACAUUGAGAUUGACAAAAACCUCAACACUUCUGAAAAAGAAGAAGUAUUGCUUAAAGAGGAUAACAGUACAAAAAUUGAAGGGACAGGCUCAGGCUUUAUAUGGGAUAAGUUUGGUCACAUUGUUACAAACUACCAUGUUGUAUCUAAAUUGAUUACAGACACAACUGGAUUACAGCGUUGUAAGGUUUAUCUGGUUGAUGAGAAAGGAACUGGAUUUUACAGGGAAGGCAAGAUUGUCGGUUAUGAUCCUGCAUAUGAUUUGGCUGUUCUUAAGGUUGAUGUUGAAGGCUACAAAUUAAAGCCUGUUGCUGUUGGUACUUCUGGCAAUUUACAUGUUGGUCAGAGCUGCUUUGCCAUUGGAAAUCCGUAUGGAUUCGAGAACACGCUAACAACUGGGGUGGUUAGUGGUUUGGGGAGGGAGAUACCUUCACCCAAUGGAGGUGCCAUUAGAGGAGCAAUUCAAACAGAUGCAGCUAUUAAUGCUGGGAAUUCUGGAGGGCCAUUGAUUGAUUCAUAUGGGCAUGUGAUUGGAGUAAACACUGCAACUUUCACUCGUAAAGGGACAGGAGUUUCAUCUGGUGUAAACUUUGCAAUACCUGUUGACACAGUUGUGAGAACUGUACCUUAUCUUAUUGUUUAUGGAACCCCUUACAGUAAUAGGUUUUGAACAUUUUAUAUUUACUUUUAUAUAAAUAUUUCUUCUUUGCUCUUACAUGAUGUUAAAAUUUAAUGGGAACCCAACAAAUUUAAUUCCCAAGUAAAUACAUGAAUGUCAUAUCUCUUUAUGUAA